GGACUAGGAAGUGCAGAGAAGGCGGCCGGAGAGGAAGGAGGCUGAGUUUGUUGUUGAGGUGAUACCAGAAUUCAGAUGGACUUAGAGAUUAAAGGAGUUGCUGCAUCUCCAAGAAGACAACCCCCACUCUCUGCAAGGAAAAAGAAACCUGAUCAAGAAUGGAGGCCGCACACAAAAUCAAGCCAUGGUCCUCGACCAGCAGAAGUUCCAUGCCUUGACUUGGGGAAGUUGGGAGAUUCUGAAGAUGAGGAUGGAGAUUUCUAUGCCCCAUACAGUAACAGGCACCCUCAUAUUGGUCCUCCAUAUUCAUCUUCAACUGUUAGCUGGGGUACUCCAUUGCAAAGUCCUUAUGCACAGCAUCAUGAUACUCAACAGCUUUCACUGUGGGAGCAAAAUAUAGUUCCAGAAAAUUUGCCUCCCCCAGCUGAUGCAUACAAACUGAAGUAUCAGCAGUAUGAAGCAGAAAUGAAAGAAGGAUAUAAACAAUAUUCUCAAAGAGAAGCAGAAAAGAAAGCAAAGAACAGUCAGUCUCAUGAAUUGCCAAGAAAAAUUAGUGAGCAAAAGGAUUCACAGCCUGAACACCAAACAGUUGAUGCAUUGACAGUGCUUGAUGAAAAAGCCCUGUUGCAGCAGUGCUAUACAAACAAACCCUACACAGGAAAGCAAAGCGUAAGGAAACUGGAAGCAGAGGAUGUUGCAGCAGAGAGAAAAAAACAAACUGUUGUAGAACAAGUAAUGAUAGAUCAGUUAUGUAGGGCUGUAAUAAGUGACCCAGAACAAAAUGGAAAUACUGAUACCUGUGAGAAGGAUCCCAUCCUUCCCAGCUUAUGGACAGCACCUCUGCGCUUUAGGAGAAGAACAUUACAUGAAACUAAAAUAAGGACUAGGUCAGCAUUGACUGAAAAUAUGCUUUCUAACAAGCUACGCUUUGAUGGUAGAGUAAUAUCAAGAAAUGGACGCGAUGCUUGUCGAGAAUUGAUUGGAUUUUUCUUUGCCUAUGAUAAGUCUCUAACUAUAUAUGAGUAUCGGCAAUUUGGUAAAAAUAGGACAAAUGCUCUACCUUUCAUUCAGAAGGGAGUUUAUGGUCAUCAGCAUGGACAAAGGAAAGGAAAACAGUACAGUCUUAAUGACUUCUAUGUUGGAGCAAAUCUGACUUUUUUGAGCCUUCACCAUCCUGGCCUUCCAGAAAGCAUUAAACAAAAACCAGUAUUUACAGUCCGUGUCACAAAUAUUGAUGAAACUGCUAGAGAUUUUCUGAAGGUUGUAGAUACAGAAAUUGAAGAACAUUGUAUCAAACAGGAUGAUGAUGUCAAGAAAAUUUUCCGAAAUGUUCAAGAUAAGCUGAAAGAAAAAUUAAUUAAAAGAGGAGUUCGUAUUGUAACAGGAUUAGGAAAGUACUUCAGAGAGCUGGAAAAGAAACAGAAUGGAGUGCUUACCAAAGCAGACUUCAAGCAUGCGCUGAAAGUGUUUCAUGUAGAAGUGCCUGAACAAGAUUUUGAGUCUUUGUGGUUAAUACUUGAUUAUCAUAGUGGUGAAAUUGAUUACUUUGAAUUUACCCGUGCCAUCCUUGGAGAAAUGAAUGAAUACAGAAAAUCAUUUGUCAGAAAGGCAUAUAUGAAACUGGAUUACAGCAAAACUGGUAGUGUACCUAUGGUAGAUAUCAAGAAAUGUUAUUGUGCUAGAAGACAUCCUCAAGUUCUAGCAGGUAAUGCUACAGAGGAAGAAAUUAAAUCUUCGUUUCUGGAGACCCUGGAGGAUGCAUGCAGCAAUCCCAAUGAAGUUUUAUUCUGUGAGUUUGAGGAUUAUUAUGAAGGAUUAAGUCUUGGAAUGAUAGAUGAUGAAGAUUUUGUGAAUACAUUAAGGAAUUCUUGGGGAAUUUAAAAAAAAUAAUAUUUACAUGGUUGUGGCUGUCAUGGGGUGGGGGAGACAAGAGGGGCACUGUUAUGUA